CUCGCACUUUGCGUUUUAAACUCUUUUUUAUCUUACACCGGUUUCUUGUUUAACAUUGUCACAAUUAAUGCGAUAAAGAAAACUUCGUCGUUGUCCAAAAAUUUGAAAACACUUCUCCUGAGUCUAGCAAUCUCUGAUCUUGGUGUUGGCUUACUGGCGCAGCCAAUGUAUGUUACACAACUUAUCAUGAAGUGGAAACAAGGCAAUGAAAAUGAUUCAGUAUAUAUUGGAAUAUCCAACGCUCGUCUAAUUCUGACAAACAUUUUUGCCCCUGUCACGUUCUAUGUUCUCGCAGUGCUGUGUGCAGAAAGAUUCAUGGCCAUUCGUCUACCCCUCAGAUACCAGGAACUUGUGACACAUAAGCGCAUUGUUACUGCGGCAGUCUCAAUUUGGGCUCUAUGCGGACUUUUCUCGCUGCUUAGGUUAUGGACGCCGAAGAUGGUAAUGUACGGUUUAUUUGCCUUGUUUGCGUGUCUUUGUUAUAUGGCUGCCACUUGGUUUAGCGUCAGAAUUGUUUUGCUAGUGCGAAAGCAAAUAAACGUUAUCCACGUUCUAAAAGGACCUCAAGUAGCACAGAGCGGUCAAAUGGCUAACGUUAUCAUAUUGCGCAAGUUUGCGAUCGCAUCGGUCUACCUGUAUGUCAUUUUUCUGGUUUGCUAUUUGCCAAAUACUUGUGUUUUAUUUGCUAUCGCUUCCAAUGGACCAAGCACAAGCUUAAGGCAUUUGCAGCUUUUUACCAUGACACUUGUGUUUCUUAAUUCUACCCUUAAUCCGUUGAUUUACUGCUGGAAAAUGAAAAACAUCCGACACACUGUCGUUGACAUGCUGCGACACACUUUCUCAAGCUUCAGCCGCCCAACUGGGGAAAGUUGAAAUAUUUCAAACAUGCACUAAACUCUGUAGCUAAUAAGCAAGAUGGGCAAUAGAGGGGAGAAGUCGCUAAAUAAGUCACGUUGCCAUGAUAGCAAAUUUUCUGGAUGACAACAAACCGAAGACCUCACUUAAAAUAUGAAUUCGCACUGUUUCAAACCUCGUCAAUCUUAUUCAAUUUCAUUUAAUUUGUCAAAUCUUGGCAAAAUUUUCUGGAGUUGAAUCCGAAAGGACCGCAUCUAAGUUAAGAAAAAAAAACAUUUAUUUUUAUGCUGUGUUCACGUACCAUAAAGUGGGCGCGUGAAAUUAGGAAGUUUCACGUCGCAGUCGUACAAUGAUGGUUAAAAAUGUAUAAACAUUGCGUGUGCAAAGUUGUUGUUUUGCUUUAUAAACCUAUUCUUUUUUCCCGUUCUUGUUGCCUUUGCCGUCAUCGUAAGCUCCGUGUUGUUGUCAUCCAGAUAUUUUGCUGCUGA